AUGCCCGUCCGACCACCAGCGGUCGCCCCCUGGCGCGCCUGGGUCUCGACCGACGACGUGAGCGACAAGGAGCAGUCGAGGCGCGACUGGGACAUCAUCAAGAAGCUGCUCCCAAACGUGUGGCCCAAGAACGACUGGAGCACAAAGACGAGGGUCCUUCUCGCCCUCGGCCUGCUCGUCGGCGGCAAGCUCCUCAACGUCCAGGUGCCCUUCUUCUUCAAGAACAUCAUCGACACGCUCAACGUCGAGAUCGACCCGACCACGGGCCAGGGCGUCUUUGCCAUCGCCGGCACCGUCAUCGUUGGCUAUGGACUCGCCCGCAUCGGCGCCGGCCUCUUCUCCGAGCUCCGCAACGCCGUCUUCGCCAAUGUCGCCCAGGGCGCCAUCCGGCGUGUCGCGCGCUCCGUCUUUACCCACCUCCUCAACCUCGACAUCGGGUUCCACUUGCGCCGGCAGACGGGCGGCCUCACGAGGGCCAUCGACCGUGGCACCAAGGGCAUCUCGUUCCUCCUGUCGUCGGUCGUCUUCCACGUCGUGCCGACCGCGCUCGAGAUCUCGAUGGUGUGCGGCAUCCUGAGCUACAAGUUUGGGUGGGACUUUGCGGCGGUGACGUUGGUGACGAUGGCGGCGUACUCGUGGUUCACGAUCCGGACGACGGCGUGGCGUACCAAGUUCCGCAAGCAGGCCAACGCCGCCGACAACCGGGCGGCGACCAUGUCGGUCGACUCGCUCAUCAAUUACGAGGCCGUCAAGUACUUCAACAACGAGGCGUUCGAGGUGGCUCAGUACGACCGGGCCAUGAAGGACUACACGAAAGCGAGCGUCAAGAUCUCGACGUCGCUCGCGGCGCUCAACAUUGGGCAGAACGUCAUCUUCUCGUCGGCCCUGACGGCCAUGAUGUACCUCGCCGCCAAAGGGAUCAUGGACGGGAGCAUGACGGUCGGCGACCUCGUCAUGGUCAACCAGCUCGUGUUCCAGCUCUCGCUCCCGCUCAACUUUCUCGGCACGGUCUACCGCGAGCUGCGCCAGAGCCUCAUCGACAUGGACACGCUCUUCAACCUGCAGUCGGUCGGCCUCGCCAUCAAGGACUCGCCUACGGCCAAGCCGCUCGCGCUCACCAAGGGCGGCGAGAUCCGGUUCGAGAACGUUGCGUUCGGGUAUCACCCAGAGCGGCCCAUCUUCCGCGACGUGUCGUUCACGAUCCCGGCCGGCAAAAAGGUCGGCAUCGUCGGGCCCUCGGGCUGCGGCAAGUCGACCGUGUUCCGCCUCCUGUUCCGCUUCUACGAGCCGUCGCACGGCCGCAUCUACAUCGACGGCCAGGAGCUGCACGACGUCGAGCUCGAGAGCCUGCGGCGCGAGAUCGGCGUCGUGCCGCAGGAGACGCCCUUGUUCCACAGCGACAUCAUGCACAACGUGCGGUACGGCCGACUCGACGCGAGCGACGACGAGGUCAAGGAGGCGGCGAGGCUCGCCAACGUCAGUCGCACGAUCGAGGCGCUCCCCGACCGGUGGCAGACCAAGGUCGGCGAGCGCGGCAUGAUGAUCUCGGGCGGCGAGAAGCAGCGAUUGGCUGUCGCGCGCCUGCUCCUCAAGGACCCCAAGAUCCUCUUCUUUGACGAAGCCACGUCGGCGCUCGACACGACGACCGAGGUCGACCUCAUGCGCAACAUCAACCAGACUCUCUUGUCCAAGGCGCGCACGUCCAUCUUUAUCGCGCACCGCCUCAAGACGGUCGCCGACGCCGACCUCAUCCUCGUCCUGCGCGACGGCUACGUCGCCGAGCAGGGCACGCACGCCGAACUCAUGGCGCAGCGGGGCGUGUACUGGGGCAUGUGGGAGCAGCAGAACGCGGUCGUCGCCGACGUGGCGGCGGCCAAAGAGGAGCCGAGCGAGGGCGAGGUCGUCGAGGCGGAUGUGACGGCGCGGUGAGCGGUAGACCGACAGGCACAUGCUGGACCCCUGUUGCAAAGAAGCACGCUGUUGUACU